UAUACAAAACUCCAAGCGAACCAUUGCCCUAACAACCUAAUUAUAGUGAAGUGUUGUAAGUGUCUAGGGAGCCGUGAGGCGGCCUUCACCUACGGAGUGGCGAGUGCAGGAGUGGCCUACUCAAUCGCCGCCUCCUGCAGCAGGGGCAACAUCUCCAGCUGCGGGUGCGAGCCUGGAAGGAGGCCAGCCCUCGCGUCCAACUGGAAGUGGGGAGGUUGCUCCGUCGACAUCGGCUACGGCGUCAGAUUUGCCAGGAGGUUUCUCGACGCAAGGGAGAUAGAAGGUGACGCCCGCAGCCUCAUGAAUCUCCAGAACAACAGGGCUGGAAGAACGGCUGUGAAGGGAAACAUGGUUCGGGAGUGCAAAUGCCACGGGGUCUCGGGUAGCUGCACGAUGCGCACCUGCUGGAAGGCACUCCCACAGUUCCGGCAGAUUGGGGAUCACCUUAUGCGCAAGUAUUGGAGGGCGAGGGCAGUAUCACUCAUCGAAGGAAUCGGCCUGCAAACCAAGAGGGGCAAGACCCGCCCGCGGCGAUCGGACCUGGUCUACCUCGAACCUUCACCCAACUACUGCGAGCAGGAUCUCAACGCCGGCUCCCUUGGUACUGUUGGAAGGUUCUGCAAUCGUUCAUCUACAGGUAAAAUCUCAGAAAAUAUCUUAUAUAUUCAGUUAUCUUUAGCUCCGAAUGGAAUACCAAUUUGA